CUCCGCCCCUCCCCGGGUGGCCAGCCGGCGUCCCGUUGGGCGCCACGCGGGGUCAGCGCGGGGUCAGCGUGGGGUCAGAGGGCCAGGCGCGCUGCGGUUCCGCCGGCUCUUCGGCUCCCCGGCUCCGCGGCCCGGCCGGGCGGGCGCAAGGCAGGAUGUACACGCUGCUGUCAGGCCUGUACAAGUACAUGUUCCAGAAGGAUGAGUACUGCAUUCUGAUCUUGGGUCUGGACAACGCCGGGAAGACGACCUUCUUGGAGCAGUCAAAGACCCGGUUCAACAAGAACUACAAGGGGAUGAGUCUGUCCAAAAUCACUACCACUGUGGGCCUAAACAUCGGCACUGUGGACUUUGGAAAGGCCCGCCUCAUGUUCUGGGACUUAGGGGGGCAGGAGGAGCUGCAGUCUUUGUGGGACAAGUACUACGCGGAGUGCCACGGCGUCAUCUACGUCAUCGACUCCACGGAUGAGGAGCGGCUGUCCGAGUCCAAGCGAGCAUUCGAGAAGAUGGUCACAAGCGAGGCGCUGGACGGUGUCCCCAUCCUGGUGCUGGCCAACAAGCAGGACAUUGAGACUUGCCUCUCCAUCCCCGACAUCAAGACUGUGUUCAGCGACUGCGCCUCCAAGAUCGGCAGGCGCGACUGCCUGACCCAGGCCUGCUCGGCCCUCACGGGUAAGGGGGUGCGCGAGGGCAUCGAGUGGAUGGUGAAGUGCGUCGUGCGGAACGUGCACCGGCCGCCGCGGCAGCGGGACAUCACAUAGGCGCAGCCGGCCCAGGGCGCCCGCCGCUCGUCCUGAAGAGCUCCUGCUGAUUCCGCCGCUGAUCCCCCCGGGGGCUGGGUUGGCUUUGCCUUGUGGUGGUUCUACUUGCUUUGUUUUUCUUCUAAGACAAACUUUUCUCUGUAUCCAGAAAAGCGUAGGCAUCCGGAGGCUUCUUCUGCCGAGGGGAACUGGGGUGGCAGGGACCCCACCAGACCCUCACAUCGGGCCUGGGCCCCGCCCCCAAGGCCCAGUUUUGGGGUCCCGGGGUGAGGCCUUGGCAGGCCACCACUCCCUUUGGAGCUGCUGCUCCAGCAGGCCUGCUGGCCUGGACCCUCGUGGGGCCUUGUGGGGCAGCUGCUUGGAACUGGGUUUUUCCAGAGGUGUGGGGCCUUUCACAGUGCCCAGGGCUACAUCGUGCCCACGGAGGGGGCCGGGGGGCCAUGGCUGUCCUCAGCCUCUGUCCCCUCUGAUCCUGGAGGCGGACUGGGGGGCUGGUGUCAGCUUCAGGAAGACCUGGGCUUGCCUCCGUCCCUGUCCUGAUGCAGCCUCAGGACAGGGCAGGGGAGACCUGCCUGGGAGGCUGUGUGCCCCCUCCACUGGCCCAGCCACCUUGUUUUGAUCCCCAGCAAGGACGGUAAAGCUAGGCGGUUGUGCUGGGAGUGGGCAUCACCCCACCCCCCACCCCCCGCAAGCCUGCCUGCCACCCACCUAGGAUGACCACAGUUACCACCUCUGGGGUGGGCUGGUGGUGUGCUGGGCCUGCGCUUCCAGCUGGCGGUGAAGGGCGGGGUCCCCCUCAGGGCUGGGGUGAGCCAUCUGGAAAGCCCUUUCCAGGCCUGUAUCCAGGAGCAGAGGCCCUCCAGGCAAGACUGGUCCUCAGGACCCUCCCACACGGCCCCUGCAGGAGCUGCCAACCCCCCAUGAGCCUAGCUGUGGGUGAAAUAAAGACAGUUGGAGUGGC